GUGGGUACUUAGUAUCUAGGGGGAACGUGUUUUCCUCAGCUCUAUAAGUUACCCAUGUGAGUGUAGCAAUGGCUGACCGGGAAUUAGGAUUUACUUUAGAAAGCUGUUUAAAUAUUUUAAACACAAACACUGCGCAUCCGGAAAAGUUUUUAAGUGUCCAAGAUGUGCUGGCCUCAGACUUCACCUCCCUCACGAAGACGCUGUACGAUUUGCACAAGGCGCAGGAGCCGCCCGGGGCAGUGGGCAGCCCCUUGAAGGAGCUGGUGGUAGAAAACUUCGAUGAGGAGCAAAUCUGGCAGGAGCUGGAGCUGCAGAACACGGCCGCACUGGCACAGUUUCAGAAGGCCGUCGGCCUUGCACUGCGGGACAAGGAGAUCGGGUUUGACGAGGCGGAGGAGGAAGACCGGGAGGAUGGCGGGAGUGAGGAGGAAUCGGCCGCCGAGCUGAGCGGAGAGCUGGGAGGUGAGGACAGCGGUGAAGACGGAAGUGUGCAAGAAGAGGAAGAGGAGGAGGAGGAGGAGAGGAGGGCAUCGAAACCCAGAAAGGCUUCGGCAAAGUCCGAGGCACUAGAGAACUUCAGCGACGAGGACUCGGAUGUUGACUUUGACGUGGACGCGCUGGAGAGACAGACCAAACGGGCAAGCGAGAGGACCAGGAGGCCGGGGGGUGGGGUGGGCUCGGUGGUGGAUGACAGGUUUUUCAAGCUCGCCGACAUGGAGGCGUUCCUCGAAGACGUGGAAAACAAGGAGCAGCAGGGGGACGAGGGCGACGGCGAAAUCGAUUACUUUGAGGACAUACUAUCGGAGGAGGAAGAGGAGCUGGGACUGGAGCAGAAGACAGCUGGCAGAAAAAAAGGAAAGCAACAGAAAAGUUCAAGGGACCUGAAAUACAAGGACUUCUUUGACCCAAUAGAGGCAGAUGUUGGCCAGAAAGGUCCAAAUGAGGAUGAUGAAGACUUGGGGUCUGAGGAAGAGAUUGAUGAAGAGAUGGAAGAUGAGGAGGACAUGGAGGAAGAGGAAGACAUGGAUGAGAUUGAAGACAACGAAGAAAGCAGGCAAGCCAAGGAGGCCUUAAAGAGAGUGACCUUUAACUUAUCUGAUGACAGUGAAGGGGAAGAAGUGGAAAGCAUCCUCGGAGGAAAGCAGCCGAGCUCGGAAAAGGCAGAGCCCAAAUCCUCCUUUGAGAAACGACAGGAGAAGAUGGCACAGAGGAUUCGGGAACUUGAGAAGGCAGCGUUGGAAGAGAAACCGUGGCAGCUGACAGGAGAAGUGUCAGCACAAAAGCGCCCAGAGAACAGUCUGCUGGAGGAGGACCUCAUGUUCGAGCAGGCUGCCAGAAUGGCACCUGUGAUCACUGAAGAGACCACUCUUCUGCUGGAUGAUAUUAUCAAGCAAAGGAUCAAAGACCAGGCAUGGGACGAUGUGAUUCGCAAAGAAAAGCCUAAAGAGGAUGCCUUUGAGUACAAGAAGAGGCUGACGCUGGACCAUGAGAAAAGCAAGCUUAGCUUGGCAGAGGUGUAUGAACAGGAAUACCUGAAGCAGACUCAGCAAAAGAAAGAGGAAGAGGAAAACCCAGCGCACGCGGAAAUACAGAAACUGAUGGAUUCUCUUUUCCUGAAACUCGAUGGACUUUCGAACUUCCGCUUCACUCCUAGACCGCCUGUGCCUGAAGUGAAGAUUGUUUCGAAUCUGCCAUCCAUCGCGAUGGAAGAAGUGGCACCAGUCAGUGUCAGUGAUGCCACUUUGCUGGCUCCAGAAGAGAUCAAGGAAAAGAACAAAGCCGGCGACGUCGUGGGCGAAUCCGAAAGGACGGCCACGGACAGGAAGCGAGAGAGGCGAAAGAAGAAGCUGCUGAAGCGGAUCAGGCUGAAGAAGAAGGAGAAGUGGCAGAAGCCGGGCGAGCAGGCGCAGGCGGGGGACAAGAAGCUGUCCAAGGCGCAGGCGACGGAACAGCUGAAGAAAGUCACCAAAGGAGGCAAAGCGGCCCUGCUGAAGGAUGAGGGGAAAGACAAGGCUCUGCGCUCCUCCCAGGCCUUCUUCUCCGAGCUGCAGGACCAGGUGAAGAUGCAGAUCAAGGGCGCCAAGAACCAAGUGGCCAAGAAAAGCAAACGGAAGGAAGUUUCGGCCAGCAAGCUGAAGUUAUAGUGUUAGAAUGCAGAGGAUGUCUUUGUACAGCCUUCUUGAUUUUUAUAUUUGUGUACUGUAUAUUAUUUACAUCUUUACACGUGCACCUGAGCAGUCUUGGGGAAUAAAUAUACAGGGUCAUGUCCAUUGUUUUAAGG